GGAGCGGAGAGCGGGACAUGGCUGAGGGAGCGCCCGGCGCCGAGCCCCAGAGGGUCCGCGGUGGGAGCCAGGGGUCGGUGCCGCCGGAGCUGCCCGGCGGCGACACGCGUGAGCUGCUGGAGGAGGUGGAGCUGCAGAUCGGAGACGCCGCCUUCUCGCUGGCGAAGAUCCUGGAGGCGACGUCGGCCGUGUCGGCCCAGGUGGAGGAGCUGGCCACCAAGUGCUCGGAGAACGCCCGGUUCCUCAGGACGUGGCGGGACCUGCUGCGGGAGGGGUACGAGUCCCUGAAGCCCAGCGGGUGAGGCUGAGGCUGAGGCUGAGGCUGAGGCUGAGGAUGACCGAACCCCACCGGGUCACUCCGAGCCGCCCGCCCGUAUCGGACUGCAGCGGGGGUUCUUUUAAAACGCCUUCUUUAGGGAAUUCACGCGGAGUUUUGUUGUCCCUCAGCGGGCUCCCCGUAAGCCCGGAUUUUUUUCAGAAAUACUUGGUGACUCGUGUGGAUGUUGUAUAUAAAGAAAACUUUGUUUAGGGAAUAAGUUUUCACUUCUAGACUCCUCGUUGCAAGUUAAGCGAUCUCAUACUCUCCCGCCUUUUUUUUUUUUUUUUUUUUCUUCCCUGUGCUAACGUGGUAGAUGCAAAGGUACAUUCAGAACUCAUUACUUGUGGGGAAGUGAUCUCCUGUAAGGAAGUAUUAUCAGCCCUCCUUUUUAGGAGCUGUCACCAGCAGUAACCCUGCCAACUUCAGAGAAACUUGAACUCACUUCAGUUUUUUUUUUCUAUGCACACUUUUUCUUCAUGUUGAGGAACAAAUAAUGUGGCAAGCUGUGGCUUAUUUAUGAGCUUUAGAAAAAUCUUGUAUCCCAGACCUCACUAUUUUUAGCAAUAUUGUGAUGUCUGUCUAUCAAGCUGCAGAUUUUUUGCAAGAAGUUUUACUGUUGCAAACUAUUUUACAUUAUCUUUUACUGUAAUAAAGUGCCUUAUGAUGGACCGUAUAUCUCUGCAUGGUAGAAGUUUGACAGCAUUGUUUACUGACAGGAUGGAUUGCUUUGAACUGUAAGGAAAAGCUUCCAUCAGUUAGAAAAGAAUCUGCAACAUGUAUUCUCCCAUCGCUCAGGAAGCACCUCAGAGCUUUUUCAGUAUUUGGUCCUAUUUUUUUAUCUUUGCCUUAAGCAGUUUGUUAGCCUAGACCUUACUGUUAUCAGAACCUUUUGGUCUGAAAGAACACUAAUCGGUAACUGAAACUCCUGUGCCACGCGGGGCACUGUGAAAAAAAGUAACGCUGAAGUACAAGGGCAGGCUGCAGGAUAACAUAACUCUACCACGAUUUAUUAGUUGGCUUUAUUUUUACUGGUAGGAGUCUUAGAAAGACCAACUGUAGUUUACUUAUCAAAAUAAUAAAAAUGUUACAAAAAUUCUGAAGUAUUGACUAUUCUUCUGUUACUGAUAGAAACAAAGAUGACAUUGACUAUAACCAUAAUAAAGUUAAGUGAAAAACAAGUAGUGGUAAGGACAGGAAUCCUUGCAUGUCUCAUGAAAGGCAGUUACAGUCCUUGAGAGGGCUUGGCCCCUCAGAGUUGUGAAAGUUUUGUUAAAUUGAGUUAUAAUUGCCCUGAUUAAAGGCAAUCCAUGUGGCAGGAUUUCACUUAGCUGUUUCUAACCCCAGAACCCAAAAUGUUGUUAAACAGCUUGGAAAAGAAGUCAUUUUGUUCAGCAGAUAAUAUUUUAUUUCAAUAAAACAUACAGUAGUGGAAG